AGAGAGAGAGAGAGAGAGAGAGAGAGCUGUCAGCGGAAGUUCAAAUUGGAAAGGAGCGGGGAGACUUGCCACCCCUCAGAAAAAAAGGUGUCCACUUGUCCACGGAGGGAAUACCGGCUGACGGCGGGGGUAGAAGAUGCCUUACAUGCUCAUCAGUACGCAGAUUCGACUGGAGACUGGUCCAACCAAUGUCGGAGAUGAGUACUCGGACCCUGAUGUGAUGAAUUACUUGGGAGCCAGGAAAAUGACCAUGCUGGGAAACAACUUUUCAGAGUACCACGUGGAUGACCCACCGCGCCUGGUGCUGGACAAGCUGGAGAAGCUCGGCUUCCACGUGGUGACGAUGACGGGGGUGGGCCAGACGCUGGUGUGGUGCCUCCACAAGCAGACAGAGUGACUCAUCCCAAAGCAGGUUGCAUUCCUCCGGGUGGGUGGUGGUGGUGGUGGUGGGGUUGUCCUCUGCAAGAAAGGGGGUAUUGGGGCGAGAGGCGAGAGACACAUUUCCAACAAGUUGCAGCUACAGCAACGCACUUUCCCCCCGCAGUGAACCAACGCCGUGACCGAAUACCUCGGAAAGGGUGGAUGAGUUGUGCUCAUGAACAUGGCCGUCUUGUUAAUUUAAGUUCUCUCCGUUCCUGCCCUCUAUGUGUUGACAGCUACCAUGUCAGCCCAGCAGCAAGGACGCUAUUGUUCCAGUCAACUCCCAUCCUAGACAUGAGGUCAUACAUUAGGUUCAAUGAAUUAAAGGUUACAGGGGAUAACUGUGCAAAACAAGCUACAUUCCAGAGAAUUAAGGCCAUGUCAUAGGCCAGUCAUUGCAUUUUUAAUGUUAAGUACUACUUGUGACCUAGGCAUUGUGCGUCUGAAGUCAUAGCCAGCCAGCAAUACCUGUUGUUGUCCUGUCAAAGUAAACAUCAUAUUCUACUAGACCAGAGGUUUUUUACUCACAAUGCUGUGCAAUAUACAUAUUUGUACAUGUAUCAUUGAGAUAUGAUGGAAUAAAACGAAUGUAUAAUGCUUUAUCAAUAAAAGAAAACCGAGUCAUCGAU